GCCGCCGCAGGCGUAGUAACGGCCUCGGGCGGCGGCGGGAUGGCUGCGGAGGAGCUGGACGCGCUGCUCGGCGGGAAGGGCUGGCCGGUGCCCGCCGCAGGCGAUUGGGACCCGGGCGCGUCGGAGCCGGCGCGGCUGCGGGGCAACGUCUGCUACGUGGUGCUGGCGGUGCUGCUCAACGAGAAGGACGAGGUGCUGGUGAUGCAGGAGGCGAAGGCCGAGUGCUACGGGAGCUGGUACCUGCCGGCCGGCCGCAUGGAGCCCCGCGAGACCGUGCUGGAAGCCGUGCGGCGGGAGGUGCAGGAGGAGACCGGGCUGCAGUGCCGGCCGCUCACGCUGCUGGCGGUGGAGGAGCGGGGCCCCAGCUGGAUCCGCUUCGUCUUCCUCGCCCGGCCCACCGGCGGGACCCUGAAGAGCCUGCAGCAGGCAGACACGGAGUCCCUGCAGGCGCUGUGGUGGGACCGGGAGACCCCUGCCCUCCCGCUCCGCUCGCGGGACAUCCUGCCCUUAAUGGACCUGGCUCUGCAGUACCGUGCCGCCCCCCGCCACCCUCCGAUCCUGCCCGUGGAGCUGCCCUGCGCUUCAGUCUGCCAGCGGUUCCUGCUCGUCUUUACAGGUGGCAACAAUUCCCUUUGGGUGCUCCUGGGAACAACGGGGGGCCCGCACCUCCCCCUGGCAACAAGCAGCCCGUCUUCCUCAAAGCCGGGCAAGAGGCUCGUGGCGGCCCUUCAGCAGCUGCUCCAGAGAUGCGUGGCCCGGCCCGAGGUGGCCGUCCGCCUCCAGGGCCUGCUUGGCCUGCAGCACCUGGGCAAGGAUCCAGGGCAAAGCGAUGGGAUCUGCUUCAACAUAGUGGCCACAGUGGGAGGCGAUGGCUCCCAGCAGCAGGAGCUGGCACCGCCGGCAUUGCAGGAGCCGGGUUUCAGCUGGUGGGAAGUGGAAGACGCCGCUCUGAAGAGCGAGGUGCUCCGAAGGCUCCACACCGCUUCCUUCCUCCCCGUUUACAGUUAGCUUCUCCCAGGCAAGGCUUGCGCCAGAGAUCAAAGCCGCCCGGAGGUCACUGGACGCAGAACGGGUCUGGGAUGCCAUUCUAGCCACCCCUGCUGAAAGCAAAGGGGGCAGGGAAGGCCAAGCAGCCUUUGGAACGUUUGCAGCAAUUAACAGGCGGUUGAAUCAAUAAAAACAUCUAUUUCA